AUGGCCACGGCGCGUAACGCAUUCGCGGGCCAUGUCAUCGUCGAAUUAUCGUCGGACAGCGAAGAGGAGGGAGCUUUGGUCGAUUUUUCCGAUUUUUCCGAUACGGACGAGGAGCCUCAAGAUCCUAACGCACAUCUCCCCGCUGACCAGGACCCGGAUCACUUAAUCAGGGAGCUUAAUGCGCGCUACAACCCUGUCUACGAAGCCGCCGACGGUAUCAUUGAUCUGACUGGAAUUCCUGAUAUCGACGUUCCACCAUCCGAUCCGCUGCUGGCAGAUCGAGAAUCUCCGGCACAAGACUGUGCCGGCAGCGACAAAGAUUUAGUCACCGAGGCUGUGGCGUUGCAGAUGGUCAUAGACAUCCUGCCAGAUAUCUCCAUCGACCAUGUGCUCGGCAUCAUCAGAGAGAAGACUACAGAUCUCACGAGAACGAACGCGAGAUGCCACGAGAUCGUCUCGCAGCUUGUCGACACUGGAGACUACCCGAAAGAGGACGAGGACACAAAGAGCAAGAAGAGGAAAAGAAGCGACGAGGACGAUUGGCAGGAGUACGACAAAGCUGAGCGAGAUCUGGAGACACCGACAUAUGAAUUAAACGCUACGGAACUGCUCAAAGACGAAUUCCUAUCUGUCCCAGUUCGCCACGUCGUCAACGUCGUAAAGGAGCACAAAACUCUCUUCAAGAGCUACAUCGUUCUCGAGGAGCAAACACGAAAUUACGAAACCAUUUCGAGGAACAGAUUCUCCAGGAUUGGCAAAGCGCGCAACAAGCGAGGCACCGAGAAUCUCCUGAUCGAACAAGGAAGCCAACUGCCCAAAGAACUCCACGCCGUGAAAAAGAAGAUUGAGGUAGAAAUGGGGAAGCGACGUAAAGCUGAGCAGGCGGAGAAGGCAGAAGUCGACAAUCGCCAGCGCGCGGAAGCCAGCGGCCGAAUGGGCGAGUGCGCCUGCUGUUUCGAUGACGUACCUCUGAAUCGCAUGAUCUCCUGUAAUGGCGACCCAGCUCACUUCUACUGCAUGGAGUGUCCAAAGCGGCAAAUCGAGACACAGAUGGGCCUUUCAAAUUGUCGGCCAAAAUGCUUUGGAGUCGACAACUGUGCUGGUACCUUUGCUCGGAAAGAUCUCCAACAGGUCUUGGGCGAUAAAACUUUCGAACGACUAGAGCACUUGCAGCAGCAAGAAGACCUCGCCGCUGCCGGCCUUGACUUUCUGUCAGAGUGCCCCUUCUGCGACUACAAGAUGGAAUGCCUUCCAGUUGAAGUUGACAAGGAGUUUCGCUGUCAAAACAAGAAAUGCGGCAAGACCAGCUGUCGGCUUUGCGAGAAGGAGACACACAUCCCUCUCACUUGCAAGGAGGCUGACAAGGACGGCCAAAUCACAUUGCGACACAUCGUCGAGGAAGCCAUGUCCGCAGCAUUAAUUCGGCAAUGCAACAAGUGUAAACAUCCAUUCGUCAAGGAGUAUGGCUGCAACAAGAUGAGAUGCUCGCACUGUAGGAACGUGCAAUGUUACGUCUGCUCCAAGAACGUUACCAAUUACGAGCAUUUUGGCGAAGUCGGACGAGGACGUUGUCCUUUGCACGAGAACGUCGAGGACCGGCACGAGCAAGAAGUCAAGAAGGCAGCCGAUGAUGCCAUGGCCAAAGUUCGAGCGGACAAUCCCAGCCUCUCGGACGCUGACUUGAUGAUCAAGGUCUCAGAUAGAGUCAAGCAGGCAGAAGAUGCUCGCAAAGGACGGGCGCAAGUUCAAGCUAACGCCUUUCCAUAUCACAUGAUUGGCGACCACCUACAGCAUCUCCUCAAGAACCGAAUCUCCGAGCUCAACAACCUCCUCCUCCUCCUCAGCAACCGCGCCCCUUCUACGAAUUUAUGCAAGACCCUCUACCCCGGGCCGGACAAGCUCAGCUGGAUGCUAACCAUGUGA